ACCCCCCCUACCACCGCCACCACCAUGGCCACAACCACCACCACCGAGGCUGCUACAAACUACCGCCCCCCUGAAUUUCGCCCCGAGAUAAACGUCUCCCCGCCAACAAUCCAUGAUGGCCUCUUCUUUUGGCAGUUCAUGGUGGCAGGGUCCAUCGCUGGCUCGGUGGAGCACACGGCCAUGUUCCCCAUCGACACGCUUAAGACCCGUAUGCAGGCCCUUGGCUCCGGGUCAGGCCCUGGCCUAGGGGUCCGGCAAUCAUUGUCCUCUAUUCUAAAGCUCGAGGGUGCAGCCGGGCUCUACCGCGGGAUAUGGGCCAUGGGUCUCGGGGCCGGCCCAGCGCAUGCAGUUUACUUCUCAGUGUAUGAGCUCUGCAAGAAGACGCUCUCCGGCUCAAACCCAAACAACCCUGUGGCGCAUGCGGUGUCAGGGGUCUGCGCAACUGUGGCAAGCGAUGCUGUGAUAACGCCAAUGGACAUGGUGAAGCAGAGGUUGCAGCUCGAGGGAACCCCGUACAGGGGGGUUGGCGACUGCAUAAGGCGGGUGCAGGUGGAGGAGGGGGUGGCAGCAUUCUACCGGUCUUACAGGACGACGGUGGUUAUGAAUGCGCCAUUCACGGCGGUGCAUUUUGCCACAUAUGAGGCAGCAAAGAGAGGCCUAUCGGAGCUAUCCCCAGAGAGUGUCAGCGGUGAUGAGGGUUUAGCUGUCCAUGCAACUGCUGGUGCAGCCGCCGGGGCCCUGGCAGCGGCAGUCACGACCCCACUGGAUGUUGUCAAAACUCAGCUGCAGUGCCAGGGCGUCUGCGGGUGCGAUAAGUUUGCUAGCAGCUCGAUUGGGAAUGUGAUUCGAGUUGUGGUGAAAAAGGAUGGAUAUAGCGGUCUGAUGAGGGGCUGGGUCCCGAGGAUGCUCUUCCAUGCGCCCGCCGCUGCCAUCUGCUGGUCGACCUAUGAAGCAUCGAAAUCAUUCUUCCAGAAGCUCAAUGAAGCGAAGAACCCACGCCAGUUGAUUAAUGAAUCAUCCUAGAACCAAGCAUAUUGGACUCUAUAUUGUACAUACGGUCCUGCUACCUCAAAAUAUACUGAAAUCUACUGCAUCAUUGAAUAAAAUAAAUGAUAUACAUGAACGGUAUCAAUCAUAGUCCUAAAUUC